UGCAGCAGCUGACCAGAGCUCUCAGUCAGUCCUCAUUUCUGUCACAUGCCAGCCUGAUACCUUUGCCUUGGACCUUGCAUAGUUGAGGCCUUGGCUUUAGUCCUAGGUUUGAACUUGCUCUGUCCUACAUAAUCACUGGACUUCUCAGCACUGAACAGACUUUUAAGCAUUUGGACCAAAUUCUCUGCCAAAGUAGCAGUUGGAUUAACAUUGACAACAGAUAACAGGCCUGCUGCUGAUAAGCAUCGAACAUAAGCUUUCGCUGCUUUCAGACUCCCAUUGAUUUCUAUGGCAUCCGCGACCUCCAGGUUGGCGGAUUGAAAACCAGAUUAUGGCUUCCUCCCUGGCCACUAUACAUGAGCUUAGCAUUUUGCUUAUUGUUCUUGGACUGGCGACAUCAAGCCUUGCUGGUGCAUAUUAUGGUCCGGUAAAGCAUCUACCACAGCCUCCACCAAUCGGACAGUAUCAACACAUGGGACAACCAAUGCAACAGAUGCCAUUAGGAAAGGAGGUUAUGCAGUAUGCACCACAUUAUGGAAAGGAGAUGCCACAGAUGCCAAUGUUUGGCAAGGAAAAUAUUCCAAGGAAAGACUACAAAGGAAAAGAUCGUCCAUUUUCUGCUCAGAAAGGUGACCAGGGGCCUCCUGGGGAACCUGGAAUAAGAGGACCACCAGGACCUUCCGGACCUCCUGGACUGGGGUUACCAGGACCAAAAGGACAUCUUGGCCCACAAGGUCCACCUGGAUAUCCAGGUGUUGGAAAACCAGGAAUGCCAGGAAUUCCAGGAAAACCAGGCAGCAUGGGGAUGCUAGGACCAAAAGGAGAACAAGGAUUUAAGGGGGAAAUAGGAAACAUGGGAUUGCCAGGGAUUCAAGGACCACCUGGUCCUCCAGGCUUACCUAUUCAAGGAAAACCAGGCAACCAAGGUUUACCAGGACUUCCAGGACCAAAAGGAGAACUAGGAAGUAAAGGACCACCAGGAUUACCUGGAUUACCUGGACUAAAGGGAGAAAAAGGAGUUGGAAUUCCUGGUUUACCUGGACUUAAAGGUUCACCAGGAUUACAAGGUCCUCAAGGCCCAGUCGGUCAGCCUGGUAUUGGUAAACCUGGAUCAAAUGGAUUUCCAGGUCCAAAGGGACCACCUGGUAGUCCAGGGUUACAAGGACCACCAGGACUAGAAGGCCCUGUUGGUCCCCCAGGACUUCAAGGACCACCAGGCAUUCCAGGUGUUGGAAAACCAGGCCAAGAUGGUAUUCCUGGGGGGAUUGGAUUACCAGGAAACAAAGGUGAUCAAGGAUUGCCAGGUUUACCAGGUGCACCUGGCCUUCCAGGAGUAGGUAAACCAGGUUUGCCAGGAGGUAAAGGAGAUCAUGGUAUUCCUGGUGUACCAGGACAAGUAGGUCCUAAAGGUGAUCAAGGCCAUGCAGGUGAACCGGGCAUGGUUGGCCCUCAAGGUGAGCCAGGCCCUGCCGGUUUACCUGGACCAGUGGGAUCACAAGGGGGUUCUGGAUUUCCUGGACCAAAAGGAGAGGAUGGCACCAUGGGCCCUGAGGGACCAGUAGGACCCAAAGGUGAACCAGGCAUAAAUGGACUUCCAGGAAAAACAGGUUUUCCAGGUGAAAUUGGACCUCCAGGCCUUCAAGGAUUGCAAGGACCUACUGGUCCAAAGGGAGAGCCUGGGCACAAAGGUUUAAUAGGUCCACCAGGUACACCUGGAAUUGCUGGACCCAAAGGAGACAUGGGAAUGCCUGGUGAGCAAGGCGAGCAAGGCCCAUCUGGAAUUCCUGGACUAGCAGGAUCAAGUGGUCCAAUUGGACCACCUGGACUUCCAGGGCCAAAAGGUGAACAGGGUUUACCUGGCCCACCUGGUCUUCAAGGUGUUGGAAAAACUGGUUUACCAGGACCACAGGGUGUAGCUGGACCAUCUGGAGCAAUGGGACCUCCUGGUCAGCCUGGUUUACCAGGUCCUCCUGGGCCUCCAGGUCCACCUGGUAUUCCUGCAGAAAUUAACCCCUCACAGGCAUCACUGGGACAGUAUUUACCAAAUAUGGGACCUGCUAUUGAUGGAAUGAAAACACCACAAGGCAUGAAAGGAAAGACUACAGCAAACAUGUAUGAAAUGCCAGCAUUUACCGCAGAACUUACCACUCCCUUUCCACCAGUAGGAGAACCUAUAAAGUUUGAAAAAUUGUUAUACAAUGGCAGGCAAGGCUAUAACCCACACACUGGCAUUUUCACUUGUGAAAUCCCUGGAAUUUAUUAUUUUUCCUAUCAUGUUCAUUGCAAAGGUGCUAAUGUUUGGGUGGCAUUAUAUAAGAACAGUGAACCAUUAAUGUACACUUAUGAUGAAUAUAAAAAAGGCUACUUAGACCAAGCUUCUGGAAGUGCAGUAUUGCAGUUGCUACCUGGAGAUAAAGUAUACAUGCAGAUGCCUUCAGAACAAGCAGCUGGACUCUAUGCUGGGCAGUAUGUCCAUUCAUCCUUUUCUGGAUAUUUAUUAUAUCCCAUGUGAAACGCAGUAAAACAAAAAAAACUCUGAAUACAUGUUGCUUCUACAUUUUAUAUCUGUUAGAUCUGCAUAAACUUCUUUGCUACUAAUGCCAUGCCAGGUCAAAAUAGCAGCAAAGACAUUUGUGUCUGGACCAAUAUACAUUUCUAUGAAUGCACAGUAUAAACAAGCCUGAAAAGUGAUUUUGCAUUGUAUAACCAUAUUAAGCCUGUCUCAUAAUCUUCAACUUUUUCUGGUACAUACCAAAAAUACAAAUUAGUGUUUUAACUGAAUCCAGAUCAUUUAUAUUGUACAGAUUAGCAACAUAUGGGCAAAACUUGUGUAUUAAAGUACAAACUCUACUUGUUUUCACAAACUAAUUUAAACAAGGGAUACUUAAAAUAGAACUCAAAUACCCUAAACAGAUACAAAAUAAUGUAUAAUCUAUAGCCAUGAUCUUAAACCAUCCCAACAUUUAAAAUGAAUACAAAUUCUUCUAUUACCACACAAUCCUAAUACAUCACCUGAAAACUAACUAAAAAAUGCAGAGGAAACUAAUGCGUACCUCCUCUCUCUUCUUCAGUUUCCACUGACCAAAAUGAUUUGGUUCAAAUGACUUCUGGUACCCUUUAAUCGUGGAAGAUGGACCAGUAGGGUUCCAAUAGUUUUAGAAACAUUUGUUAAGGGUUUAUUUUAUAUUUACAAAGCUUCAGCAAAAUGGAGUAUACUGUACCAAUUCAUUCAUCAUGCAUGUAUACAAAAUGGAGGCUGAUAUACAAACUAUUCUCCUACAGAUGUGUGCCCAUAUAUAUUGCUGUUAGAUGAAUAUUAAUGUUAUAAUUAAAAGCACAUCAUAACAUUUUGCGAAGCUAUUCCCACUUUGGGAUUUUCUUUAUUGAACUGAAUAUUAUUACCAAACAAAAGUUGGAAAAGGAUAAACAAAUUUGUGUUUAUCUUGAUUUUUGGAUGUAAUAGUGAAGAAAAUUCCAUGAUAAUUCAUUAUUACUGAUCUUAGCUUACUAUAGCCUAGUUUGCAUUGCUGUUGUAAACUGUGCAAACUGAUAGAACAAAUCUCUGCAUUGAAGUCUAUGGAGAUGUCUUAUGUUACCACCAGCUUACACAGUUUAAAACACAAAUGGUAACAAGGCAUAUGUGUUUAAACCCCAUAAAAAUUUUAGACACAUAUUUAAAGUCCCCCUCAAGAGACAAAAGUAUUGCAGCUCCUGGGAAUGAAACUGACUGCCAUUGGUGAGUAAGUGCAACUGACAGCUGUUUCCUGUCCCAAUGUCCCAAUGCCUAUGUGUUUAAACACUUUGUUGUGGUCAGUAGUGUAUUAUAUCAUACAAUUUUACAUCCGAAUAUCUCUAUUCAUGUAUCUAUUAAUAGCCAAUAUAUGUCAACACGUUUUGAUAUAACAAAAAUUUAUUGGAAGUACAUAAAUCCCCAUUCAUGUUUGUUUAAGGGGGUAUUUCCAUUUUCUUUCCAUUUGUUGCACCCAGAACAGGGCAUUUUACUAUGUAUACAUGUGUGAUGCUGUAUAAGCUUUACUUAUGGGACUGAAUAUGUCUUCCCCUCAGACCAGUAUUCCACAAGCAUCUUUUUUCUGCAUAUUUUUAAAAUCACAAUGAAUGCCGUAACAUACUUUUUUAUACAAAAAAACUGUUUUUAAUAUAAUUAAAAAGAAAUUCCUUCAAAUGUAUGUUAUUUUUUUAAUGCAAUUUCUCUUUACAUCUUACAAGCACAAGUUGUCUUGAAAGGGACAGCAUUGUUACCAAGUAAUUUGUGUCAAGUUAGUUCUUUUUUGUGAUUAUGCAUAUAUCAUAAGUAUAUACACACCCUGGCCUGCCUAUGGAUUUAACCACCUUAAUGGUAUACAGUGAUAUGGGUUAAAAUUAAUAUUUGGUGAUAGAGUCAAAUAUAGUAUACUAAUAUAUCUGUGAAACUGAAUUAUCUUUUUCUUUAAUUGUCAUCAUUUGAACACAUUUGAAGAAGGCAAUAAAAAUUGCUGUCCGUAUUUUGGAUUUCAUCCAAAGAUGCAGAUGUGUCAUGCAAGUAGUUGGAAAUGCAUUUAUUGCACAGUAAUGCAAAGUAAUAGAAAUAUUGCUGAGGUACUUUUGCUUAAUCAUGAAAUUUCUGUGUUCCUCAACUGAUUUAAUUCAGUUUAAUUCAAAACCCAAAACAUGAAAGGCAAUGCACAACUUUCAGCUCAUUUUCAGGGCCUCAGCACAGUGUUUACAGUAGAAAAAUAUUCUUAUUUAUUGUAAAAUUUAAAGGUAGAUCUUCAAAAACCCACAAUGUUUGAGGACCAUAAUGACUUCCUUUGUGUACCUCCAAAACAUGUAUUUUUAAGGAUCUGCUGAUCUAUUCCACAAUAAUUGAGACUUUUUUUUCUAGCAUAAACAAUUGACUUCCUUAGUAUUUGUGUUGUGUUAGUUAAUGUCCUAUAAUUUCCAAACCAAAGGUUCCAAUAUUAGAAAGCAGAACUCAGAUAUAAUAUAUUUAGUUGUAAACCUUGUUAAAACCUCAUGAGACCCUCAUGGCAAACAAAAUCUCAGUAAAUAUUAUUAUUUUUUUUAAUCUUUGUAAAGAACCUGUCAUCUAAAACAAUAAGUAUCUACCUGAAAGUGGCCAUUUAAAAAAAAAAAUGAUUAGUAACAUUAUAUUCUAUGUUAUUUGUUAAAAUGCCAUUUACAAAAACUCAUGUUUUUGUGUUAAAAUUACUCUUUAUCUCAUGUCCAUUGACAGAUCAGAAACCAAAAUCUUUAAGCCAUGGUUUUAAAAUACUGAAAAUUGCCUAAACCAUAUAUAUAUAUAUAUAUAUAUAUAUAUAUAUAUACAGUAUAUAUAUUUUUUUUUUUAUUUAAUUCACUAGUGAGUGAAUGACAAUCACAGUUUUACACAAAAGCAAGACUUUUUAGGGAAACAUGCACUGCCCCCUCAGACUGAAGCCUUGUCAUGAAUGUUUAAAUAACUUUUUAACCCGUUGCCUAAUAUAUAUGAAGAUGCAUAUCUCAAAAUGUCUAUUGGUUUGAGAUGUAGAGUUGACUUAUAAAUGCUGCUAGCAAAAUUUAACUUCCUAUAAACAAUAGCAAUUACAAGGUUGCUCUUGCUAUGCUAAAUAAUUUGCCUUAUUUGCAAUAAACUAUAUACCACAAGCUAAUCUAGUUAAUGUGGUUUCAGUACUAUAACUAUAGUUUUUUUUUUGUUUAAAAAUUACCUGCUUUAUAAUAUAAUACAUACUAGAAUUACUACAGAAAGCAAAACAAACAUACAAAAAUAUCGGUAAGUAAUUUUACCUACUUAUUAAUAGAUAAAAUUAGGGUAUUUUCCCUUUGCAAUUGUUUUGUAAUUUCUACAACAUAUAUUUAAAGGUAAUGUAUCUAUAAUGCAAUAACAGAUAGUUUCAUAAUUAUACUUGAGAAAGAUUCCAGUAAUUUAUUUUUCAUUUAACAAAAAUUACAUUAGUUCACGCAAGAUUUAUAAAAUAAUUACACAAAAUAUAGGUAAUUCAAUGCUGUAUUUUUAAAAUGGUGCUAAACAUAAUGACUUUAUUUAAUGUAAAUGUUUAAGAAACAAAAAAAAAUUUUUAAGGUGUAAUGUAACUGAUUGGAGAUUCCUUUAAUUAAACAUUGAUGUAAAAUGAGUGGAACUGUUAAACUUGGAGUCAGUACACAAAAAUGUCCUAAAUGUAAGAUUACCAAAAUAACAAAGGGUUUAAUAUAUUUUGGUGAGUUAUAUAUUGUUUUCAGUACACUGCCACAAUUGAAUUAAAACAUCAAAUAAUUUUGUAUUUAUAUUUUUUGUACUGAUUUUAGAAUUAUCUUAAUAAAAUUUUGUAAAUGCUU